GAGAAGGAACUUCCUCUCCAGGAUGGCUUUAGCAGGGAGUUCUGUCCUGAAUAUCCUUCAGCACAGCGACGAGGACCCUCCAGCCGGGGAUGUGGGAAAUCAGGCGAUGGAUUCAGAUGACUUCGGAUCUCGCAAGACGUCAGGGUCUUCGAGCGAGGCGUUCGGUGGAGGAGCCCGAGAGUGUUGGGCCGCCCGUUACACCUUUGCCCUGAUGGCAUUUCUGGGUCUCGCCGUCGAGUAUUCACUGCGCGUGAACCUCUCCAUCGCCAUCGUGGCCAUGGCGGGCACGAGCAAGGUCAACGCCACGACCAACGCCUCCCAGGAUGUGUGUCUCUGGAAUAAUGACACAGACUCGGGAGGUAAAGUCACGGAAGGGGAGUUCGACUGGGACGAGCAGACUCAAGGCUUAGUUCUCGGGGCCUUCUACUAUGGCUACACCCUCACGAACCUGCUGGGCGGGCGGGCGGCGGAGCACUUCGGAGGGCGCCUGGUCUUCGGCCUGGGGGCGGCCACGUCAUCCUUCAUCUCCCUUCUGUCCCCGCUGUGUGCGAGGGCCUCCACUGGCCUCUUCAUUGCCUCGAGGGUCCUCAUGGGACUUGCACAGGGGGUUACGAUGCCAGCACUAAAUUCCCUGAUGGCGACUUGGUAUCCCCCUGAAGAAAGAGCCAAGUUUGGACCUCUGAUUUAUGGAGGUAUGCAGUUUGGCACCAUCGUCUGCCUUCCAGUGAGCGGCUGGUUGAGUGCCUCGGAGUUCCUUGGGGGUUGGCCCUCUGUCUUCUACGUCUUCGGGGCACUGGGGCUUCUGUGGGGGGUUCCUUGGUUCUUGCUGGUGCACAACCGGCCUGAGAACCACCCGAGGAUAUCCGAGGCUGAGCUGGAAUUCAUCACUGGCCACAGAAACACGGUGAAGAAGGCGGAGAUAGUGGCCAUACCUUGGAGAGCGAUUAUCACCUCGGGUCCUGUGUGGGCGUGCAUGAUCAUGGCUUGGGGCGGUUGCUUCGGUUUCUACGCCCUCUUGACGGAGCUACCAACAUAUCUCGCUAAUAUCCAGCACUUCGAUAUGAACAAUAGCGGUGUCCUCUCCGCCUUGCCCUACGUUUGUCUGUGGGCCAUCGCCUUGAUCUGGGGCGCCCUUAUGGAUGGACUAUACGCCGCGGGCCACCUGUCCAUCAGGGGGAUUAGGAGACUUUCGACAGCUUUUGCCAGCUACAUGCCCGCAGUCGCUCUGGUCGUCAUGUGCUUCGUGAACUGCAACUCCACUCUGGCCAUAGUAGUCCUGUGCGUGGCUGUAGGAUGCACCGGAAGCUGUUAUAGCGGCAACCUCCUUAUGGAACAGGAUAUCGCUCCCAACCUGGCGGGGACGCUCGUGGGAAUCACCAACACCGUGGGAUCUAUCACAGGAUUCAUUGCUCCUGCUGUGGUCGGAGCCAUUACGACGGGCAAUCAAGGGUCAUUGAGCGCCUGGAGGACCGUUUUCGUCGUGGCCAUGUUAACUUACGUGGUCACGGUAACUCUGUAUCUUUUCCUCAUGUCCUCCGAUGUCCAGCCGUGGAAUGAGCCGAAGGAGGUCAAAAAAGAGAUCAAAGAAGAGACCAGAUUCUGAAAAGGCCCACACAUGCUUUAAGAAACAGAAUCUAAAAAAGAUAUUUCUUUGUAUGUCGAGCUGUUCCGUCCCUGAGAUCUCGAGCCUCGGCCCUGAAUCGCGACCCAGCUUGGACGCAGCCCCCC